AUGGAUCUUCCAACUCCCGAAUCUUUGGCUCUCUCCGCAUCUCUCUUCACUUCAUCGAUCGACAAUUGGAUCCCAUCUUCCUUUGGCACCUCCUCCACCCUCCCUUCGUCUUCUCUUCCUGAACUGCGUUUGGGGUCAGGAGGCGAUGACGAUAGACAUGGCUUGGGUCAUCCAUCAAUCAACCAACCUAAACCAAGAAUAAGUGCUGGAUUAGGAGCUUUAAACAAGAAAUUUGGCAAGAGGCCGGUCCCUCAUGUCUCGAAGACCAAGGAUGAGAUCAUGGGGAAAGGGGAGAACGAGAGUGAAGAUGAAGAAGAAUCAAGGACAAAGAUGGUGGAAAGAAGACCGAGAUCUAAAGUGGUCGAAGUAUUGAAAAAGAGGAAGAAGAAGUUGAAAAAUUCGAUAUCUAUAACUCAUUCUUCUGUCAGCAAAUCUACCGUUCCACCCUCUAUCAAUCAAAUCAUGUCAACAUCCUUGCCGGAUCUUUCCAUAUCCCCUCUACCAUCAAUACCUAUUUUUGCGAAAGUAGAUCACAUUCAAUCACAUGUCUCUACCAUACCCGAAGUCACUCCAGAUUCCUCCCACCUUGAACCCGAUGCUGUCCAACUUCACGAACACUCGAGGAUAGACCACAUGAUUGUCAACGACGAAGAUGAGGACAGAGAAGGUGGGGCGCAGGGCGUUCUGACGGAUGUAGCAUUCACCGCUUCUGGGGGUAAAACAAGAACACAACUUCGGAGACAAAAACGAAAGGCGGCGAAGUUGGCGGAAAGGGCGCGAUUGGAGGCGGCAUCUCGACUUGGGAAAUGA